UUUUAAAAAUUUCCAUUUUGAUACAUUACAUGUACCUAUAAUUAUGUUAGUAUUGUAUUAUUGGAAUUUUAAAUCAACCAUUUGCAGUCUUCUAAGUGAUUAUUUUGAUCCUGUGAAUGGACAUUUAAUCUUAGGUACCAUUAUAAUAUUAUAAUGUUAAUGUACUAACUAUUAAUGAGGAACCAUAUACAGGAUGUUGUGUUAGUGGAAGAAGUGUACAAGUUUUGUAAAUUUAAAUUAUGUUUAAAUUGUUUUGAGACAAUAUUUAUACAAACCAAUAUGUCAUUCCCUCAAAAAUAUUAUUCUCUAUAUUUUUUGUAAUGGGUGAUUUUACUCUGAAAUUACUUAAAAAAUGAUUCUGCAUAAAUGCGUUUUGUACUUUUGUCUAUGUUGCAUGUGGGCCAGAGAGAGAAAACAAAUAGUGCGCUGACAUCCUCUUAAACAUUUAGAUUGAGAACAGAAAUAUGGAUCAAUUUAAAAGGAGUUUAAAAUUAAAAAAAAAAAUGGAUCAGGAGUACCUUAAACUUAAAGGAUGUUUAACCGAUACACUUGUGAAUAAAUACAUGGAUUUGAUUACAAAACAUUCUUCCAAUAAAUUGUACGCGUUUAAUACAUAUUUUUUUUCGACCCUUUAUUUAUACGGAUUUUCACGCAUUCAUCGGUGGACAAAAAAUAUUGAUAUAUUUUCAAAAAAAAGACUGUUCAUCCCAGUUUAUUUCAAAUCAAAAACGAUGUGGAGUUUAAUUUAUGUUAAUUUUAAAGACAAAUCAAUUAGAUUUUAUGAUAGCCAUGGAAACCCCGGUUUAAAAUACCAAAGAUUAAUAUUGAAAUAUUUGAAGUUGGAAUAUUUGAUGAAAACAGGAAAAUUCUUUUCUUCAACCGGUUGGAGAUAUACUAAUUUGAAUUGUUUAGAUGAUGGAUUUAAGUGUUGGGAUAGUGGAUUAUUUUUGUGUUUUGUUACAAAUCACUUCGCACAGAACCUUUCAAGAGAUGCUUCACUGUCUAUUUCUCCAGAAACCGUUGGCGGUGAAAGAAGGGUUAGGGAAAAAAUUGAGAAUGAACUUAUGGAUAACCGUGUACGUUUUUGUGGAGAAAAUUUUAAAAAUUAAAUAUAACAUGUUCUGUAUUUUUGGUAUGUGUUAUUUAUGUUUAAACACACUUAUGCAUUGUUUAGUUUUAAUGUGAAUAAACUAAUAACUAAUAUAAAAUUAUAUUUUGAUAAAUUAAACAUUGGCAAAUUUAUAAUGUAAUUCUUUAUUGUUAUUUCACACCUUAUACAAAUACAAAUAUAAUUUUAUGAUUAAAUAAUAAAUUCUAAUUUAUUAUUUCAAAGUAAUAUUAAUUUAUGAAUAAGUCAUAUUUUUUAAACUUUAAUUAUUCAAUUUACUUAAGCUGUAUUUUUUAAUUGAAAACUGUUAAAUUAAAUAUAUUGAUUUUGAAGUAAACAAAUAACUAACUAAUUUUAUAAUUAAGUAUAUUAAUUGCACUUGUCUUCCAAUAAUUUAUUGUUAUGUGUUCAAACAAUUAGUUAUCUUGGAACAUUUGAUAAAUUAUUAUGCGUAAUGAAUAAUGAUGUAUAUUUAUGUUAUUGCAAACAAUUU